AUGAUUCUGCAGGCUAAAUAUGCUUCUGAUCUUCUUUCCAAAGCCGGUGUCACUGAUAACAAGACUGUUUCCACUCCUUUGGAAUACAAUGCAAAGCUCAUACCCUUGGACGGUGAACCUAUAUCCGAUGCUACUCGCUAUCGUCAGUUGGUUGGCAGUUUGAUCUAUCUCACUAUUACUUGUUCGGAUAUUUCACAUGCCGUGGGUAUGGUUUGUAAGUUCAUGGAUGCACCUCGUUCUGUCCACUAUGCUGCUGUUCUUCGGAUUCUCCGAUAUGUCAAAGGCACACUUUAUCAUGGUCUGCAUUACUCCUCUCGAUCUUCUCUCAAGCUUCAUGCUUAUUCAGAUGCUGACUAG